CGUAAAAAAAAUCCCCAUUACCUGUCACAAAUAGUUGCUGUGAAACAGAAAGUUGUUUUGUUUUACCCUUCCGUGAUGAUGUAUGCGAUCUCCCGCACAACACGGAUGGGUUGGGAAGGGGAACUCAACUUACCUGCUUUACAAGCUAAAAUACGAAGCAUUGAAAGUCAGGUUACAGAAAAUGCCACACAAAUACAGCAAUUCAGUUCACUUCUGCCAAAGUACGAAGAGAGAGAGACAAGAAUAACGAGAGUUGAAGAUGAAAUUGCCAAUUUAAAACGUACUCUUCUGGAAUGGCAAAGCCUCUACGAUACCGAUUUGGAAUCAGAAAGUGAAACUGAUAGAAAAGCAGACAAUAUUGUUGACACCAUGGGGCAUAUUCAACCCGCUGGUUCGACGUGUAGUGCAAAUGAGCCAGGUACAGAACAAGCAAGCACAGACGUGUUUGUGGAAAGCAACUCCUUCAACCCUAGAAGAGAAGGAAAAGGUUCCCGCAUACAGCAAGAGUCAUGCACUGCUAAUAUACAGCCACAAAGUGAAGCAAACAGACCUAACCCGUUGGGGGAGGGGAAUGAACACGUUGAUGCAAACCCUAGCUUCAGCCCAGGAAUGGUUGAGCACUACAGGGAUCAGGAGGGAUUCAAUGAUAACACGGUCCCAAAAAGAUCGAAUGGAGAAACUGCAAGACAAGAAACUACCCCAAAAGGUGUCGCUAGUGCAGCAGUUGGAGGAGACGAACCAACAGGAGACGAGGGGUUACAUGAUGAUACUAUCCCAAAGAAUUUGAGUGAAGAAACUGCAGUUGAACCACCUGGAAAUGAGCCUCCUGGUGGUGACUGUAGCAGUGGUACAGGACUCAACCUGACUCAAAAUGUUCCACAAACACCACGGAUUCCUGAAAACUGCUGUGCAAAAUGUACUGCAAGAGAGGAAGCAGAGAGAAAAAAUGGAGAACUCCAUUGUAAUGGAAUGCAACAACAAUCCACCAACACUAAACGUGACUUCAAGAAGUACAUUGAAGAUGGAAACAAGGCUUUGGAGAAGCAAAACCAAGAGGCUCUCACAAAAAAUCUUCCCUAUUUGAUACGUUAUCUUCACCCCGUUAUUGAUGAUGUGGCACUUUAUAUGUUCAGCCACUUGGUUCUGUCUGAUCGCCAUAGAGAAAUAAUUGCAAGUAAAAGCACUGAGACGGACAAGUGUGAGCAUUUAGUGACAAAUGUCCUGUUACACUCCAGCGAGAAAGCAUUCUGGUUCUUUAUGCAGGCAUUAGAAGAUAACCACUGCGAGUUCAUUGUUGACCAGCUACUUGGAAAACCCAAUGAUGUUACUGGACAUAUUAGGGCUAUAGUUGGUAUUCUGGAAGAAAGGAAAACAUCAGAAGAUGCUCAAAUAGUAUCACACACUGUUGAUGAAUACAUAUUUAAUAACCCUGACAUAAGCAGACAGAUGGUAGACUCCAUACGAAACGCCUUGGCAGAAUGGAACUUGAUGGUCACUGGUUUAUCGAGAGGAUCCAUUUUGAUAAAUAUGAAGUUUUACACUGUCGAACAAUUAGAUGCAUUCUGGAUGUGGGUUAAAAGUCGGCGACCUUCACCUUUAUCAACGUCCUUGACCGAGGUCAUUCUGACUGAGGAAAUUCGAAGUAUGGUUCCAGAAAAUCUUGUCUUAUCUUUGAGUACAAACAUGGAUCUGGAUGAGUAUUUGAAGAAGAGGCGUAGAUUGCUUCAUGGUGAUCUGCCGAUGACGUCAGAUGACUUAAACUUUGGUAAACGCCCACUGAAAGAGCACAAUCAAAGCUUGUCGUGGCUAGACAUUACCGGCGAACUGAAAAUGGAAGUUAAUCCAAAACUUCUUCUUGAGUGGGCAUAUGAGAGUGGAUAUUAUGACCCCCUUCCUUUGCUCACUGUGAAGUUUCCACAGACUUUUACUGGCUAUGACGAGAAAGAUUUCAGAAUAGAAAGACUCCACAAACUUAUAACAUACAAAAAUGGUCAAAUAUCACAGUUGAUUACAAAAUUGUCAAAAACAGAGCAUAAGUUGAAAAAAGCAGAAGAUGCAUUGGUUAAUAUAAUGAAUCAACAUCAAGAUUCAUUAAUUACGUAUAAAGUCCAGCAGCAUCGUGUUGCAGAAGAAGACCACCAUAACAUAGACAACAAACCAGAACUUGGGGCUCAUCGGAUAGGGCCAGAUUCGCAAAUAGCACCGCCAAUGAAUGCUCCCAAUGGUGAGGUCAACAAUGAUAAGGGUGACACUCGGAAAAAUAUUAUUGUUGAUGUGGAGGAGCUAAAAGAGAUUGAAUCACUCGCAAGUGGAGGACACACAGAGCCAGUGUGUGGUAGUAAGGUGGAUGAUAAAAUACGUCCUUGGAUAGAGUCAGAUACGCAACUGCCAAUGGGAAGCACAGGUGGAUACAACACUGAUAAAGAUGGUGUUCAGAAAAAUGCCAGUGUUGAUCUGGACCAGGCAAAAGAGAGUGACUCACAAGCAAGUGGUAGACACUCAGCGCCAGUGUAUGAUGAUAGUGAUUUCCAUGGAGGUCGCGUAUAUGGAGAGCGGGUUCAUGGUUUAAGUACAGUGAUUUGUGUGGAUACUUCUGGGAGUAUGGAAGGAGAAGCUUUCACUGACAUGAAAAAUGCAAUACACAAGAUUCUUGAUGACGCAGAGUACACGCACAAUGUGUAUGAAUUCAAGGAGUUGAUUGGGCUUGUACAGUGUGGGUCCGGGUCAGACGGUCAUACUGUUGUGAGUUUAACAGACAACUAUAACCAGAUAAGAAGGGCACUAGAUCGUCUGAGUCCAAGCGGAAUGAGUCCUUUAGCAACAGGCAUCAGGGAGGCCGUACACGAACUAAAGCGACACUCUAGCGUCCUGGUAGUUAGCAGACAGAUGGUGCCAUCCAGGCUUUUGGUUUUCACCGACGGCAUACCAACGGAUGAGAAUGACUAUGGGAGCACUGUUGACUUAACCAGGGCGUCCACAGCGGGUAAAUAUAAAGUCAUGACUGCUGUCCAGCGUCCAUUUAAUGAACCUGUGUCACUCCAAGCCAGGAUAAAUUUCAUUGGAUGUGGAAAAAAAUGUGACAGGGUGUUUCUAGAGAACGCUGCCAAGGCAGGAAGGGGGAAAUUCUUCAGAGCAGAAGAUGAACUUGAUGUCCGCCGACUGGGUGGAUACUACAGACGACUGGUUUGGGUUUGCAGAUUCAUCUGUCCUUUCCGAGAAAAGGAAUUCAUCAACCAGUUAGUAAAUACCAAAAACACCUUUUCAACAUGGAUGCGCGCCACCAAGAGCACGGAAAUAUUUGACACAGAUCUGAGUGAUUUUGAUAUGGAUGAAAUGUAUGAAAUAUUGCAAGAGCUGAUUGGUCCCAAAGCGCUGACAGAUCUGGAUGUGGAGGACUUACAGAGGACAGCACUUAUACAGCGUGAACUGCCACUGGGGAUACGUGUGAGACGAGGACCUGACUGGAAAUAUGGUGACCAAGAUAAUAACGGUCCUGGGACAGUGUCUGGGUAUGAAAAGGGAGGUUGGGUUAAAGUCCAGUGGGACCACAGCAAUGAAGAUUUUGUCUAUCGGUAUGGCCACGAUGGACGUCGAGAAGUGCAGGCGGUGGAUGAGCCACGCAUUCUUAGGGAUGAUGAAUUCAUUAAGCCUGGUGUAAAAGUUAGACGAGGUCCACACUGGAACUCUGGCAAUAAUGACGGAGGUCCUGGAAGUAUUGGCACUGUGUACAAAGUAGAAGAAGCAGGAAUAGUUUAUGUUCUUUGGCCGACGCGGGUGGCAAGCAACCAUCGCUAUGGUUAUGAUGGGCGAUUUGAAGUUGAGCUGGUGGAGGAGUCUACUCAACAUGAAGGUGAUGAGGACGGGUCAGGUUUUAUUACAGACGAUGGAAAGGUUGCCCUGUGGCAGUGGAAUUCUAAUGGAAACUGGACUGCGUACCCCAAAUAUGUGAACACGAAACUGGAGCGCUCUUAUCGAACACGUCCGUCCACUAGUGUUGAAGUUAACGUUGCUGGGCUUUGUCAACGCAUCAACUUUGAGAGUAUGACAGCGCUAUGUACAGACAUUAAUGAAACCUAUGAAAUCCAGCGAACUGAACUUUCACUUGAAGAUUUUGAAGCU